GAUGCGGCAUGUAUGCUUUUUUUGGCCUGUACUGUUGGGGGGUUGUGGACGGGGUGGUUCGUGUUAUUGUUCAAAGGUUACUACAAAUCAUGCGCUGCAAUACGGUCAUUUUAUCCGCAUAUGUUUGAAUCAAGUCACACGUGUGUACCGGUACAGUUUUUGAGUAAAAUAUCCACUCAUAUUUUCACCAAAGUCCACAUUUUGACCCCCAUUUUUUUAGUAUCUCACAAAUUUAAUUUAUUUGUUUUAUAUUACCAAUAAUACCUUAUUUUUCUUAGUAAAUGAUUCUUUAACUUUACAUUUAAAUCACAGUAUAGUUAAGUAUCUUAAGUUUCAGCUUCAAACCCAUUUUCUCUUUAAAAAGACCAUAUAAUUUGGUGUAGUUCUAAGUUUUAUCUCUAGAAUUAAUAAGUAAAAACAUAAACCUACAUGUUGGUAAGUAAUCAGUACUUAGCUUAAGUAAUUAGCUUCAAAAUAUUUCUGCAGAAUAGUAAAGUUACUCAAGUCUGGACUUAGAGUAUUAAAAUCUAGAUAAAAAGCUCCAAAAGGAAUGUUCCAGUAUAAGCAUACAUGAAAACUACAUAGAUUAAGCUAGAUAAAACUGCAAUGCACAUAAUUCUUAUUAUCUAAUUAUAAAGUGUUGUUUGUUUUCCGGACAGCGGUAAUUGAAACUAAAAUCCAUCCAGGUUUAGUCUAAAUAAGAGUUAGUGUGGAGGGGAGAUAUCGAGAAAACCUGGUAAAGGUCUCUCUAGUAACCGGAGACCAAAGCAUCGAGGCAGUAGUGUGGAGACGCGAUCACCAGAGAGUUAUGAACGAUCAAGAUGUUGACGAUGUUGCAUUUCUUACAGGUGGUGUUGUAGGAACAGAGAGCCCAACCGGACAUGGCCACGGACACCGGAACAGCCAGACCACCACCAAAAAAACCUUAUACGAGAAUAAUGGCGUCGCUGCCUGUUCCCACAAUCGGGCACUGUGCAUUGCCACCAUUGUUUUCGCCCUGCUAUUCACCAUCGCCCUCAUCAUCGCCUUCACCGGACCCCAAAGUGAUUGUACCUGCGCUGGCGAGAAACCUCCAAACUAUGUGGAUGAUGACUGGAACAUGACUAGAAUGUUCAUCCCACGGGCGACAAACGGACAGGUCUUCCCUUGGAAUAACCUACGUCUUCCCAAUGCCAUUAAACCAAUCCGAUAUAAUAUUACCAUUCAUCCAAACCUUACCACUUUAGAUGUUAGAGGACAAAUAAUGAUAGAAUUCCACGCCGAACGGGACACCCACUUCGUACUCUUGCACAGUAAAAACAUAACCAUAACAGAAAAAAUAGUCCAGGACAAAAGAGGCCACAAUUUGACCAUCAGUAGAAUGUUAGAGUACGUAGGGGCCCAACAACUCUACAUAGAAAUCAAGGAGAAGUUCAGGAAAAGGCACAACUACACCUUGAAGAUGAUGUUCAGGUACAAGCUGAACACGGACUUCGAAGGUUUUUACAUCUCCAGUUACGUGAACAAAGAGGGCGAGAGGCGAUACUUGGCCACCACGCAUUUCGAACCGACUCACGCGAGGUCUGCCUUUCCGUGCUUCGACGAGCCCCACUUCAAGGCUAAAUUCAAAAUGACAAUAUUCAGGGAUCGGUUCCACAUAGCCUUGUUCAACACUCCCGUCGCCAACACCGGCGACGUUGGGUUUUACAUGGGUACAGGUCUUCUGGUCGAUGACUUCCACGAAACGGUUGAAAUGAGUACUUAUUUAGUUGCUUUCAUUAUUUGCGAUUACAAAUAUAUUAACAAUCAGACGGAGCGUGGUGUUUCCGUGUCGGUUUACACACCGCCACCGUUCAUUUCUCAGGCUUCCUUCGCAUUGAAAACUGCCACGCACAUUUUGAACUUCUUCGAAGACUUUUUCGGAAUUUCUUAUCCUCUUCCAAAAUUAGAUUUAGUAGCUAUUCCUGAUUUCGCCACUGGUGCUAUGGAAAACUGGGGCUUGAUUACUUACAGAGAAACAGCUAUUUUGUAUGACCCACAUGAGACUUCCAUCACUGCUCAUCAGUGGGUUGCAACUGUUAUUGCCCAUGAAUUAGCUCAUCAAUGGUUUGGCAACUUGGUGACGAUGAAAUGGUGGAACGAUUUGUGGUUGAACGAAGGGUUCGCCAGCUUCUUAGAAUACAUAGGUGUGGAUAGUCUGUUCCCUGAGUGGAAAAUGAUGGAUCAAUUUAUAAAAGAUAAAACACAACCUGCCCUAGCUCUAGAUGCUCUAAGUAGUAGUCAUCCAAUUUCGGUCUCUGUUCACGAUCCGGCCGAAAUUGAAGCUAUUUUUGAUACUAUCUCUUACAGCAAGGGUGCUGCCAUCUUACAUAUGUUAAGUAAAUUUUUACAACAAGAAACUUUAUCUAACGGAAUUUCGGAUUACUUAUCUAGCUACAAGUACAGCAUAGCUGAAACUAAGGAUUUAUGGAACGUGUUCAGCAGGAACUCCAACCAAACUUUAGAAGUCAAGACCAUAAUGGAGACCUGGACACACCAAAUGGGUUUCCCUUUAAUCACCAUCACGAGAGAGGGCAAUGAAAUAGUGGCAAGUCAAGAACGAUUCCUUCUGACCAUUGAAAACGUCAACAGCUCUGUAAGAAGCAGACCCAAAAGUAAAUUCGACUACAAGUGGUACGUGCCGUUAACCUUCAUCACCAGCAAUGACACUGAAACAGUCAACACCGUGUGGAUGAACAUGACUGAUGUGAGGUUCGAAGUUAGCCCAGACAUAAAAUGGAUAAAGGCCAACGUAAACCAGUCUGGAUUCUACCGAGUGAUGUAUGAUGAAGAGACCUGGCAGAACCUUAUCCACCUCCUCAAGACCAACCACACCGUUUUAAAUGCGGCUGAUCGAGCCAGUCUUCUUGAUGAUGCCUUCACCUUGUGCAGAGCUGGAAUGUUGAACGCCAGCAUUCCUUUAGAAAUGAGUUUGUACCUUUCUAAGGAGAGGGAUUACAUCCCAUGGGCCACUGCCAUCGAACAUUUUCAAACCUGGGCCAGGAGAUUAUCCGAGUCUUUGUCUUACAAAAAGUUUUUGAAGUAUAUGCGACAGAUCCUCACUCCCGUCGUCAACUACGUGGGAUGGAAGAACGAAGGCACUCACUUGGAGAAACUUAUGAGGACGAAAAUUUUAUCAGCCGCCGUGCUGUGUGAGUUGAACGACACCAUAUCACAGGCCAAACGACAGUUUUAUGAUUGGAUGCACAACAACAAAUCAAUAAACCCGAAUCUUAAAGAAGUUGUUUACUCAGCGGGCAUAAAAUAUGGUGGAAUGAUCGAGUGGCAGCACUGCUGGAACGUUUACAACACCACCAAGAUACCCAGCGAAAGGAAAUUGCUGCUGAAAGCUCUUGGCGUUGCGUCCGAUCCGUGGUUGUUGCAGAGGUACCUGCUGGAGACAUUGGACAGGAACAUGGUGAAGCCGCAAGACGUUAAAAUUGUACUGGCUGUCGUGGCAGCUAAUCCGGAGGGGAGGUUGUUGGCUUGGAGACACCUGAAGGCGUACUGGCCGACUAUGUACUCGCUUUUCGGCAACGCCACGUUCAUGAUGGGCGAACUCAUAUCAGCAGUUACUGCACAUUUAUCGACUCCUUAUGACUAUUUCGAAGUAUCAUCUUACUUUAAUGGAAUGAAUGUUGGAUCGGCCGCCAGAUCAUUGGAACAAAGUUUGGAGAUCAUCAAGUUGAACAUUAACUGGGUUUCGCAGAACGAGGAGGACAUAUUCACCUGGUUACGAAAUGUAGUUAAAUAAAUUUGUACUAAUGAAUGUAUGUGUGUGUUUUAUGUUCAUAUCUGUGUAUAAUAAUGUAAUUUUUGCGUGAUCUAAGAAUUUUAUAUUUUUAUAUGUAUAUACUUAUAUUGACUACAUUAUGUACCAAAUUUUUAUGUUGUAUUAUUUUUUAUAUCUAUCUGUCUCUGAUUCUAAAGCAUACCUAGUCGUCGACUGUAAAUUCUAAAUAUUUUUGCAAUAACAAUUUUUACAACCUAA